UGGUAUUAACUUAUUAUUGUCUAAAAGGAAACGUUGCACGUUCAAUGUAGAUACAGGUAGAGGGAGCACGCAUCAGAAGAAAAGGGGGAAAAAAUAAGAGAAGAAAAUAGCAAAGGGAGGAGAUCGAUCUGGAGCAAUGGAUGUUUCUCUGCGCUUUAUCGGUUUAGGAUUCGUUGUCGCUUUCCUCUCUAUAUCGUCAUUGGCAGCUGCCGCAAACGACGAUGUUACACGCGCCUCCCCCAACGUGUCUGCCUCUUGCAACAAUCCUUACAAAUUGGUUAAGGUCAAGACAUGGUUGGAUGGCACUGAAGGGGAGGAAAUAGGAGGACUAAGUGCAGCAUUUGGUACUCUUUUGCCUACUAAGGAAAAAGAUGGCGUCAAAUUACCUGCUACUUACACAAACCCCUUGAAUUGCUGUUCCAAUAUCUCUGAAAAGUUAUCAGGCGCUAUGGCAUUAGCUAUACGUGGUGAAUGUGAUUUUGUAACCAAGGCUAAAUUUGCGCAAACAGGAGAUGCUGGAGGCCUUGUGAUAAUAAAUGACGAUGAAGCUCUUACGGAGAUGGGUUGUCCUGGAAAUGAGGAUGUACAAAUAAAAUUUCCUGUGGUGAUGAUCUCUAAGUCUGGAGGAGAUGCCAUUCAGAAAUCCAUGGAUGCUGGGAAAAAAGUGGAGCUGCUGUUAUAUGCACCAGAACGCCCCAUUGUGGACUACUCAGUGAUAUUCUUAUGGUUGAUGUCUGUUGGAACUGUUUUUUGUGCAUCUAUUUGGCCAAAAAUUACUGCAUCCAAGGCGAGUGACGACUAUCAGCUAUCUCCAAAGGAAUCUGCUGGAGAUGAAAAUGAUGAAAUACUCAGAAUCAAUGUAAAGAGUGCCAUAGUUUUUGUCAUUUCAGCCUCCACAUUUUUGGUGCUACUUUAUCUCUUCAUGUCAUCUUGGUUUGUCUGGGUGCUGAUCGUACUUUUCUGCAUUGGUGGAGUUGAGGGGAUGCAUAAUUGUAUAGUAUCACUUGUAUCAAGUAAAUGUAAAGCUUGUACAAGGAAGACAUUGAAAUUGCCAGUUUUUGGGGAAACAACCAUUUUUUCUUUUGUGGUGUGUUUACUUUGUUUGGCAUUUGCCAUAUUCUGGGCUGCAAAUCGGAAAGCAUCAUACUCUUGGAUUGGGCAGGAUAUUCUUGGCAUAGGUCUGAUGAUAACUGUCCUGCAGAUGGCUCAGUUGCCCAAUAUUAAGGUUGCUACAGUACUACUUUGUUCUGCAUUCAUGUACGACAUCUUUUGGGUUUUCCUAUCACCUUUUAUAUUCCACGACAGUGUUAUGAUUGCGGUUGCUAAAGGCAACAAUAGUGGUGGAGAAUCCAUCCCGAUGCUUCUGAGGGUGCCUCGAAUAACAGAUCCUUGGGAUGGUUACGACAUGAUUGGUUUUGGGGACAUUCUCUUUCCUGGGUUGCUAGUUUCUUUUUCUUUUAGAUUUGACCAAGCUAACCAAAAGGGUGUACUGAAUGGAUACUUUCCUUGGUUAAUGGUUGGCUAUGGAGUUGGCCUCUGCUUUACUUACUUGGGGUUGUAUCUAAUGAAUGGACACGGUCAACCUGCUCUCCUCUACCUUGUACCUUGCACAUUAGGAACUUGUAUCACGCUGGGUUUGAUUAGAGGCGAAUUGAAAAAGCUCUGGAAUUAUGGCUCUGAAUCAACAGAGCCUUCUGGAAAUGCUUGAUAUACAUCAUGAUACUGUGUAGAACAAAGGAAACAACUAUGAGUAGCAUGUAAAAGAUGUGCGGUAAUUUUUCAAAGGGCAUAUAAUCAUGUAUUUCCAACUAUCCAUGUUAUCUUCUCUAUUAUUCUCCCUGUGUAAACAACAGACUGCAUCUUAGUUGUGUGUAAUAUAUGUGGAGUAUUAACAUUAAUAUACUUGAUGAGAAGUGUAAUAUAAAGACGUUUUACAUUU